AUGGAUUCGCCGGACGACUACAAAUUCGCGGUCUUGUCGCUCUCCACAGACAUUUCCGAUGAGCACAAUGAGAUCCAAGAGGUGAUCCGUCUUCUUGGUAGCACGUUGGAAUGCUUCAACCAGCCAAACGCAACCAGUGCACCGGCGAACUACACUAGAAUUGUCUUGGAAAAGGUCGACCGCUGGGGCCUGUCUGAUUCCUGCGGAGAGUCUUUGCGACGCAUGCAUAUCCACCUGGGCCGCGCGAAGGAUGUAUGGGACAUGCUCUAG